AAACAGAAAGAUCCAACCCCACCGCUUCGCAAACGCAGUAUGUAUCAAUUACUCUUGAAGAAGAAAUAUUUGGAUCUCAAUAUAUGGACACGCUUAAUUCACCGGAUGAUGGUAAUACCGCCAAAGCCACUGGAUCGAUAACCCCGCAAAUGCCUCCUGAAACAUGCUCUUUAUGCAAUAAUUCUGUUCCAUUAUACAAACCCAAUGGAGCCAACUUGGAACUGAUUGCGAAAUUAACCUGUGUUCAUACCUUCCAUCUUAAAUAUAUUGUCAAUUCCCUAAAGGAAAAUCCAGAUUGUCCUCGCUGUCAUCGAUCUAUCUAUCCUGACGAUGAUGAUGAUGACGUCUUACACCCACAAGAAAAAAACUUUAAAGUGAAAAAGUUUCUCAAAGAAUUAUCCCUUUGGUCAAUAGUAUUUACUCAAUUACCUGAUCCAGAAAAUGAGAAGGUAGAGAAUUCCUCAACUCCACAAAUGGAUUUCCCUAAACUACACGACAAAAUUCUUAAAGGUGAGAAGAAUCUUGAAAAACAAACACGUGAGAUGACCCACACAAAAUAUGAAAUUCUUGAUUCAUAUUACCUUCUUGGAAAAGCAUUGGAGAAUAAGUCAGCAGAGUUAAAGUCUAAAAAUCCACUCUGUUCUGCCCAGAUUAUGCUUAAUAAGGAAAUUAGACGUUAG